UUUCCAAUACCACGAGAGAGAGAGAGAGAGAGUGUGGGCAGCAGCAGAAGACCGCAGCAAGUUCUUGGGUUGGAUCUUCUUUCUUCCUCAAAGUUAUGUCAACCCAGGAAGAUGAUCUCGACCUCCUUCUUUCUUUACAAGAUCGGGUUUCAGAGACGCCGCCCACUUCCCCUCGUACUACCCUUAAUCUCCAUGACGAAGGGUAUCUGUCUGAGGACGGGAUGCGGAAAGGUCCCCAGAAAAUCGACAUGUCCGCGUUCAAGGAUGCGGUCAAAGAUUGCUUACACGAGGAAUCCGAGACGGCACCUAAGGAUGCUGGGUUGAAGGUCACGAAUAGGACAGCUGGAUUUGAUAUCGAGAAGUUUUCCGGUUUAAGAAUAGGAAACAUGACACUUCCAACGAAAGUUUUGAAUGAUCGCUUCUCCGAAGUCCGCUUCAUCCGACUGCCGACAAUCGGGAAUGUCUUGGCGGCGAACGACAUUUCCGGCCAUUGGGCGACCAUUGGUGUUCUUGCGGAGAAGGGAUCCCCGCGGCAGAGUUCUAACGGAAAGAACUUCUGUAUCUGGAAACUCGGGUGUUUGAAUGGUACAACUGUUUCUCUUUUCUUGUUCGGCGAUGCUUAUGCUAAGAAUUGGAAGGAGACGGUGGGGUCCGUGUUUGGUCUGUUCAACGCUGGCAUUCGUAAGGAGACUAAGGGUAAAGAGUUUUCCUUAAGCGUGUUCUCUGCGAGUCAGAUAGUGAAGUUGGGGACUUCUCUCGAUUAUGGUGUUUGCAAGGGAGACAGGAAAGAUGGAACUUCUUGUUCCAUGGUGAUAAACAAGCGGCAGGGAGUCUACUGCAAGUACCAUUCUUCAAAAGAAUCUAAGAAGUAUUCAACAGUGCGGGCAGAGCUGAAGGGUGGAAAUAUCGGAAGGCCAUUUGGACAACGUCUCAAGUCAGAAGGGAUUUACAUGGUCUCUCCCUCAAAGAAGAGAAAUAUGUCCAACCUGGCACGCCCCGCAAAAGUUUUAGACAUAGUUGGCCUGCGGCAAGCUCUUACUAAUGCGGCGGAGGUGACAACAAGGCAGAACUCACAAGGAAUAAGAUUUCUAUCAGAAUUAACAGCUAAAAAUGAUCGGAAGGAUGCAACUGGAGGACAAGAGCUGACGAGCCAACAGAAAGGUAGUCCCAAGAAAAGGUUAUCCUCAGCCAUGGGCAUGGCUGCAAGCAUGGUUAUAAGCAAACAACGAGAAGCGAAAAGGACGAAGUGCGACAACGAUUUGGAGGACGUGAUUGAAUUAGAGAUAGUGGAUUGAGAUUAAGAGUGAUCGCUGAUGGUCGCCAUUUUCCAUCUGCUAUGGUCGAUCGUCAGUCAGAAUUUACAAUUAACUGGCGGCACGAAGACUCUGAGCCAUUGAUUUCCUGUUUUAAGGAAGCCGGUUGCUUCAGAAAUUUUUUCUUGUAAAUGCCAAUGCGGUUUAAAAUAGACAAAUAAUUCGGUUUUUAUAUAUAAUCUAUUAUCAUUCUUGCGGAAA